GUACCCAGCAGACUAAACCUGUAAACAGACAUGAACACGAAACCUGAGACCUUCCGUCUCUAUCGUGCUCUUUGCCUGUUCAUUCACCGACCUCUACCUUUCCCCCAUACCUUUUCUCCUUCUCAGCGAUUGAACUUUGUAUUUCAACGCUCUUGUCGAUUGGAUUGAGUUUUUGUUCAUUUGCUCGAAAAAGAAAAGGGAGAGAGACAGAGAAAGAGACAUGGAAACUCAAUUUAAUCACAAUCUAUUCGACAGGCGACCCAUUGUGAAGAACAAGUCUCCUCCUGUCAAAUGGAUCAAAGAAUGGGUCCCCCAAGAUGUUGUUGCAACUGGAGGAAAGUGCUUUCUUUUGAAAUGGGUUACAGAGGAUACAUUAAAGGCAUUAAAGGAGAAGGCAAAACAGUCAGAGGCACCAGAACCUGAACCAGAACCCACCACUGAAGUGCUUUUCCUUUGUAGCUAUGAGGGCUGUGGAAAAACAUUUAUUGAUGCAGGUGCUUUGAGGAAGCAUUCUCAUAUUCAUGGGGAGAGGCAAUAUGUCUGUCACUAUGAGGGCUGUGGAAAGAAAUUUUUGGAUAGUUCGAAGUUGAAAAGACACUUCCUUAUUCAUACCGGUGAAAGAGAUUUUGUUUGUCCUCAUGAAGGCUGUGGUAAGGCAUUUUCCCUGGAUUUCAACUUGAGAUCCCAUAUGAAAACGCAUUCACAAGAGAACUAUCAUAUCUGUCCAUACGCUGAUUGUGGAAAGAGAUUUGCUCACGAGUACAAAUUGAAGAACCACAUUACAUCUCACCAUGAAAAGAAUGUGACAGCUGAAGUGGUCAAAUAUACACCACUUUCUGAGAAGCAAACUAAGGUUUCUAAACCUUCUGGUGGAGCUUAUGCUUCUGCAUCAUCCGAUCGUCCAUAUGCUUGUCCCUACGAAGGGUGUGAAAAGGCUUACAUCCAUGAAUACAAGCUUAAACUCCAUUUGAGAAGAGAGCAUCCUGGACAUCUGGUAGAAGACAAUGGCAAUGCUCAACACAAUGGGGAAAAUGAGGUAGAAGCCAGUGAUCAAGAUGCCUAUGGCGGAAAACGAGCAAAUGUAAAAAACCAGAAACAGAACAAACCCAAACCAAACUUGAAGUUACCACCUUCAAAAAUAUCACAGCGAAAAGGCACAACUCCAUCUCCUGCCCCAAUGAGUGCGGUUAAAAAAUCAUGGCCGGUUAAAGAAGAAAAGUACGAGGAAGAAGAUAGCGAAGAAACGGAAGAGGAGGACCGUGAGAAUGUGGAGGAAGGUUGGAGAUAUGCUGAAAACGAAGAUGAUGAUGAGGAAACAGAAUAUGAAGAUUAAAUCUAUAGAAAUGGCUUUAGUAAUGGGCGGCUUGUAUGUAGCUUCUUUUGCCCGUUUUAAAAAGUUCCAUUGUACCUGAAAACUAGCAGUCUUUUUUUUCUCUCCAUUUUAAUCCUCUGGUGAAGCUUUGAAUGGAUUUCAAAUGGAAAUUAUGAUUUGUUUUGAAUGCCGUUUUGUUGGUGGAA